GAAGAACGCGAUGACGUCACGCGGAGAGACGCAACCAGCAGUAGCCGCUCCACCACCAAUCACACGCCACUAACAUAACGAGCUAGCACAAGCUAACACCGCGCGCUACGUCAAUUCGCAUUGUGACUUAUCGUACGUCCGGGAAAAACGCGAGAUUCACAGACCGUGCCGAACGGGAGGAACAACACACACACACACACACACACACACACACACACACACACACACACAGCUACCGUGGCCUCUCCUCGCCAUCCGACUGGCCGGGCUAGCGGAGCCCAGCGAUAGCGAACUCUGCCUCGGCUAGCGUCAGGCUAGCCAGCUAGCUAGCUAGCUAGCCACUGACAUAGCUAACGGCGGGGUUGGCUAGCUAGCGGUAACUCGCGUCAUGGACGAACUGGUCGUGGAAGUGAGGGGGACAAGCGGGGCCUUUUAUAAGGCCUUUGUGAAGGAUGUUCACGAAGGAGCCGUCACUGUGGCAUUUGAAAACAAUUGGCAGCCAGAGCGUCAAAUCACGUUCCAGGAUGUGCGUUUCCCCCCACCAACGGGCUUCUGCAAGGAUAUCAACGAGAGCGACGAGGUCGAGGUGUAUUCCAGGGCUAAUGACAAGGAACCAUGUGGAUGGUGGCUGGCCAAGGUCCGCAUGGUCAAAGGAGAGUUUUACGUAAUAGAGUAUGCUGCGUGUGACGCCACACUAAAUGAGAUAGUGACACUGGAGCGGUUACGGCCGGUCAACCCCAACAAACCAGCCACCAAAACCACCUUCAUCAAGAUCAGACUGGAUGUAACUGAGGAUCUACGGCAGAUGUGCUCCAAGGAAUCCGCACACAAAGACUUUAAAAAGGCAGUCGGAGCGUUCAACGUCACCUACGACUCAGAGAAGAAGCAGCUGGUCAUUUUGUCUGUGAAUGAGUUCACAACAAAGCGGGCCAACAUGAUGAUUGACAUGCACUUCAGGAGCCUCCGCACCAAACUGUCUCUCAUGCUGAGGAACGAGGAGGCCAACAGACAACUGGAGAGUUCCAGACAGCUGGCGUCACGGUUUCACGAACAGUUUGUAGUUCGUGACGAUCUCAUGGGUCUGGCCAUCGGGACCCACGGGGCCAACAUUCAGCAAGCCCGUAAAGUCCCCGGAGUCACCAACAUAGACCUGGACGAGGAGACGUGCACCUUCCACAUAUACGGAGAGGACCAGGAUGCUGUGCGCAUAGCGAGGAGUUUCCUGGAGUUCUCUGAAGAUGUCAUCAAAGUUCCCCGGAACUUAGUAGGGAAGGUGAUCGGCAAAAACGGCAAACUGAUCCAGGAGGUGGUUGAUAAGUCUGGGGUAGUUCGGGUUCGUAUUGAGCCAGAGAACGACAAAAAGCCCUCAGCAGCAGCAGCGGCGGCAGCAGACGAGGGACUGGUGCCAUUUGUAUUUGUGGGGACCAAGGAAAGCAUCUCCAAUGCUACAGUGCUGCUGGACUAUCACCUCAACUACCUUAAGGAGGUGGAUCAGCUCCGCCUGGAGCGUCUUCAGAUCGACGAGCAGCUGAGACAGAUCGGAGGGGGAGGCGGAGGAGGAGGAGGAGGAGGGACGGGGCCGCGAAACCUCAAAGACAAGACCUACGUGUUCGAUAACGGCAUGGGGCUGGGCAUGGGCAGAGGGGGAGCAGGAGGCGGAGGAGGAGGAGGGAAGCCCUUUGGAGGAGGGGGAGGAAGAGGCGGCAGAGGGCGAAGAGGAGGAGGUGCAGCUUUCGCCUCAGGCACCAACUCAGAGGCGUCCAACGCCUCGGAGACGGAGUCGGACCACAAAGACGAGCUCAGCGAUUGGUCGCUGGCCCCCACCGAGGAGCUGAUGACCGGAGGCGGGACCCUGCCCAGACGGACAGACGGGAGGAGGAGAGGAGGAGGCGGAGGAGGACCGCGAGGACGAGGGGGGAGAGGAAGAGGAGGUGGAGGUUAUAAAGGUGACGACAUGCAGUGGAGCGAGCCAAGGCCACGUCAUGUCAGAGACCCCAAGACAAGAGCGCAGGAAGAAACUCUACAGACUGUACGCAUUUCCUUUCUCCCACAGAUCCGCGUAGACAGUAACAACGAGCGCAGCGUGCAGCACUCCUCGGGGGGGCGAGGAGGAGGAGGAGGGCCUUCCUCAUCCCAGGUUGGGAUCGGCACCAGUGGCGGCGAGGGCCCGCCUCGCCACCACCAUCAGAGACCCAUCAGAGACCGAGGGGUGAAGAAGGACAAACAGGACGCUCCUCCGCUGGUCAACGGAGUGUCGUAGACGCACCACUGGACGACCUUCUCACUUAGACAUACACACACACACGCACACACACACACACAGGCAACUCGUCAUAAACCAUCGUAGAGUCUCUCUUGCUUUUUUUCUUUCCCUGUCUUUUGUCAAACACGUGAAAACACACAUCUCGUCAGCAUGGAAGGCGAUCUGGUAUCUGCUGGUCCGCUCUGUUGAGGUCUCCUGAGUGCUCCGGUCCGCUUCGUCCCUGACGGCUCCGGUUUGUGCAGUUCUUCGCCCGGAGGGACAGAUGAAAGAAACAGUACUUUUUGGACAAAAAGAAAAGAAGACGAGGGAUUUGACUCAUCUCCCACAGAGGCACUCAUCACAAACAUGCUCCCACACCCAUCGCAAGCAAGUCAUUAUUUGCUUGUUUUCUUUUUUUUCAAAUCAACAAAAUCGGAUGAUUUUAAAUUUUUUGCCCCAGCCCUGUUUGGACUUCCUCACACAAGAAAAAAAGGAAAAUCGAGGAAAUAGUUGGUCGACAAGGAAACACAGAAUUACAGCAGCAUGAAAAAAUGUGUUCCUUCCCUCCUGCUUUAUACAUUUUUACUGCAGAUGUUAGUUGUAGAGGAUCUGACAGCUCACAGUUUUAGUGGCGUCAGUGUUUCCCACGGUUUAAGAACUUCUUUUUUGUGGUCUAAAGCUCCAUAAUCCAGCAUUUCAGGAGUUAAAGCGUCCCAUGUUUUAGGAUGAAUUGGGAACAGGUAAAAAUGACCCACCCACUUUUCUCCUCAUUUUAAGUCGUCUGUGUUUAGUUUCUUGUUGCCAAGAAAAUGUAGAAAUCCUCCGGACCAAGCAUGAUUUCAACAACGCAUUAGACGUAACAAUGGGGACACAUAAAUCUGAGGCACUCUGAUGCAAAUAUAGUGUAUAAAAAGCUUUUACACAAGCAAAGAUAGUAACUCCUAAGAGUCUUCAACAGGGUAAAAAAAAAAACGUCUUGCACUGCUGUUAUAUUUAAAAUGAAUCACCAAAACUGAGCUCCGUGCACACAACCAUCAGUGACCCGGCCAAACCGUCUUCACCGGGCCGAUUGGAUCAGUAAUGUAUUGUACAAAAUACGCUUUUUUUAUGCAGGCCAAGUGAAAAUCAUUAACACUGUUUUUUUUAGUUUUUUUUAAAUUUCCCGCACAAAAUCUUACAUCCGCAGCAACGCCAAAAAGCUCAAAGUAAAACUGGUAGCCUUGAUCAAUCAUCACAAGCACUGUUAAAAAGUUCAGAACAUAAAGAAACGGCAGAUUUGUGUGAUUCAGUCAGCUGUCUGUGGAGAUAAGAACACCCAAAUACGACUGGUGAGACACGAGUUCUGAUAUUUAAAGAAAUCACACAAAUCUAGACACAAAUUAGCUUAUUUUAAAUCUUAACACGGAUAAAAAGGAUUCUAAAUUCAGCAUACAAAACCUGCAGAUCCACAUAAGUAUAUAUACAGUCAUUCUAAAAAGAAGCAGGGACUCACGACUAAAUCGCCUUACCACAGUCGUGAAUAAAAGCCCGUCUCGAUUCGUUCACGGUAACGUUUCUGCAGCGUCCCGUCAGCAGGAGUCCACGUCCUGAACCAGACUGAUGGGAGCCCUUUUGGACCUCAGCAGUGGGACGUCUCCCAGAGAGGGGUUAGGCUGUAAGCUUUCGUCUAGUUCCGCUCACUUACAUUUAACUAAGCACUCUUGGAUGGACGCCGGUGAAAUAAAUUCAAGUAAUUUUAAUAUUUUUUUUUUGCUUUCAGACAAACCUGAUCAGGUUACAGGAUUGAGGCGGCAACACGGUGAAUGUAGAACUCCUGUCAGCUGAUCACAUGAGCUUUUCUUUAAUUUAUGAAAACCUUUGUAUUUAACCUUUUUGUUGUUUCGCAGUUAGAAAACCUGUUUGAAGUAUUACUGUAGAAGAAACAACGUUUCAUUGAGUUAUACCUUGACGAAAUAAAAACAAAUUGGUGUAAGUUUAAUUCUUCUUUGGUUUUCCGACUUAUUCUGGGUCCGCCCCUCUUACUUAAGCAUUUUUUGUUUUAGUCUUAUUUCAUUUUAUUUCCUGUCGACUGCAUAUUGUUAACGGCAGAGCAGGGGAAUUCUAACUUUGAUACAGUUAAUCGGAACCUUCAUUAAACCACAAUAUCAGGUUUUGUGCCGCGAUCAUAAAAGAUUCAAAGCAUUUUUUAUAUACGUGAUUUGACGUUGUGCAUUGGCUCAGAGCAGGUUCACUAAACUUAUUUGUGACAAACCUAGUCAGAGUACAAAGUCGGGUCUAAUGAAGAAUAAUUUAGUCCAGUUUUCUGAGGCUUAUUCGUAAAAUCCCCUCAAAGUGUUGCCCACAGUCUCGGGGCUGCUGUCUGUGCUUUUUGCCACUCCGGUAGUUCAUAAUGAGGCUCCUUUUUAUCUCAGUGCCUUGGAUUUAUGCUACCCCAUUCCAAGAUUUUUACACUCUGUCCAACCCCACCACCUGUGUUUUUUUACUUGUUUCUUGCAUGUGUAAUUCUCUCACCCUAAAUGCAUUUUCAAAAAAAAUUGUUUAUAAAUUUUACAAUGGUGUAAGGUGCCCUCCACAGUUUCUGGCCAUUUAUUUAGUUCCCACGGCAGUUUCAGUCUUCUGUCAUUGCUCCGGACUAGAGCUCUGUGAAGCAGAGACUGAAACAAAGAGGCAGUCGUGUUAUCAAAUAGCUGAAAGGGAAAGUUUAAACGGUGCAGGUGUUCAGACAUCAAAGUAACAGGUGUUCCAACCUGCUGUUGGGCUGACACCACAGAGUUACUGACUUAAUACAUCUACUGCAUGGUAAUAUCCUUAGUGGCAUCAUCAUCAUCAUCAUCAUCCUCAAAAUAAAUAGAUUACCGUGAAUGUGGCACGAAGGCCUUUAAAGAUAAUUUACAUUCUCAGUUGUCCCAAAUUGUACCCUAAAUUCAAAUACACGAUUAAGUGUUGAAAGUUUUUGUGGAUUUGAAGGGAGGUUGAAAAUAGUAUUAGUUUGGAUAAAAGAUUUAAAAAAAAAAAAUGUGAGAAAAUCAGUGUAAAACAGAGAAAACAAAUAGGAAAAAAAGGUUUAUUGUGGUUUCUCUGGGCAUUCAUAGGCUUUUCAACAAUUUAUUAAAAUACUGUAUUACAUAAUUUUCUUGUAGCUUAGCACUUCAGGAAUAGUCUUUAAUUUAGCUUCCCUCUCUGUGGUGCUUUAACAGUUUUGUUUUUUUUAAUGUUUUUUUGGAAAUACGCUUGUUUGCAUUCUUGCUAUAAGUUAGAUGUGAAGAUUGUUACCACUCCUGUGUCUGAACAGUAAUAUGAAGCAAGAGCCAAAAGGCGCUUAGCUUAGCUAAAGACGGUAAACAGGGUCUAAAAUCUGCCAACUAGUACUAAUAAAUCUUACUUAUUAACAUAUCUUCUAAAAUGACAUAUCGUCUUUGUUCAAUCUAUCCAAAAAGUGACAUUUUCUAGCAUGUGAAAGCUGAUUUAUAAUUUGGGGGUAAAUAAUUGUUGACUCAUAGCUAAAAAAGCUGCAAAUGCUCAGAGAAACCUCGCCAUAUUUUGUGUGACAUGUGCCUUUUAAUAGUGGCUAGUAUCACAACCUAGACAUGUAAAUCAGGGAUGUUGAGGCGGGGAUGAAGAACAUGGCGCCUAAAGAUGGCUACUUCCUGCCAUGACAUCAUUGAUUCACCCUUUGGUCGUCGAGUGUUUCUGAACUUCCUUUAAACUGAAAGAACGGUGGGUCCAGGAAACCCGCCAGCCCUAACCAUGAUACCGUUUAUCACUGAAGGUGUGUCCUUGUACAUUCCAAAAAACAAACCCUGUAGCUCAUGACCUGGUUCAUCUCAUCUGUGAAACGGAUUCAGUUGCUUUUUUUUAGGCCAGUGCAGUUAAUGACCUUGAUGGGCAACUUUAGUUCAGUUCCAAAGAAAUAACGUUAGCUUGAGGUACAAAAUGGUUUGACCCAGUGUAGCUCUCUUCCCUAUAUCUCUCUCUCUCCCUCCUUUGAAAGCAACUGAAGUAAUGAAAAGAUUUCAAAAGUUGAGCCAGGUCUUUAACCAGAGAUCAUAAGACCUUUCUAGUCUUGCAAUGCAUGUACAUCUUUAUAAUGGAUUUUGGAGACUUUCAGUAGUUUCGGACAAGUUCAUAGAAAAAGAAUCUUUGUCAGAUUUGUCCUUGACUUGAGUUCGGCUUGGUUAGCCAGUGACCACCAUCAACUUAGAGUCAAUGACACACGGUGAACUUUUACCUUUUAGAAAAUGUCACAAUGAAACGGUUAUGUAACAUGAUGAAUCAUAAAACUGGCUUUUUAUUUUUAUUUUUUUUUUUAGAAGUUCAUCUUUCUUUUUCUGAAGUAUUAUUGAUGUCAUUUUCUCUCACUAAUCUGUUAGGAGCUUUUGCUUUCACUUUCCGCUCACACUGCAGCCAAGUUGCAUUUUUUAUUCCAGUGAUCAUUCUCUGCAGUGCGUCGACAAAUGGCUCAAGUGAAAGUAACAUCUAUAUUGUCAAUAGAGCAUCAAUAGUAUGGAGUUGCUUUGUAUUGUAAAAAAAAAAAAAAAAAAA